AUGGAGACAGGAGGGAGGAGGAGAGUUGAAGGAGAACAAGAAUUUUUCAGCUCUUUCUGGGGAGGAAGAAACUUGAAAAGAAGGGAGGACGCCGGCUGCCAGGACUACUCAGCGAUCCUUUUGACCGCUCAAGCUGAGUUGCCGAGCCACUGCCCCGGCCGGUCUCUUCUUCCCAUUGCAAAAGCUCGCAGAAGCUACCAGUGUCCUCUACUCAUUGCCACUGCUGGAAGCGGUGGGCUCGAAUUGAACUCGACCGCAUUCGCCGCUGGAGGUUCCCCGGAUUGGGUCCGGCUAAGUCUUACGUCAUCCGGCGGAUCAGUUGGGAGGGAAAGCGAUGUGGGAGCAGAAAGCAGAGACAGAGAGAGAGAGGAGGUAUCUGGUGCUGGUGGUUUUUCAAACUCCCACUCUCAGGCUAGACCCUCUGUUUCCCUUCCCAUUACCUCUUUUCUUUUUCGUCGUCUCUACUACUCACCAUCGACUCUCUUGCUCCCUCUGCGUUGUCCGUCGUUUUCCCGCAACAUCGGAGCUCCGCCAUAG